GGCGAGGACCUGUACCAUCAACGCCGCGUCGUCGGGGUGCUGUCCCUGUCGGCGACUCAAGCGACUGGCCACGACGAGGUCGUGGGGGUCUCGCCCGACGGCGACCCCGAGCGCAUCGACCUCUCAGGUGGCUCGCGUGACAUCGAGGCUGCAGCGACGGCGCUGUGCGACGACGAGUACGUUGCCCGCGAGGUCGCCGCUGGACAGCCUGGUUUGCUGCCGCCUGGGGGCAGCCUGAUCGAGUCCGUCUGGCCGCCGCCUGUCCCAGGCGCCGCGGGAGGGGCCGCCGCUGAUGGGCACGCUGCCGACGCGAUGGCUGGAUCAGGAGCCCCACCUGGAGGCGGAACCGCAGUCGCUGGCGCAGGCAUGGCCGCCACCGCCCCGUUGGCGCUGGCCCCGCUGGGCGCCCUGGCCGUGCCGGCAGCGGGGCCUGCGGAACCCGCGGCCGCCCUAGCGGCGCCGCUGCCCGCUGGCGCCCUUGCCGCACCUGUGGCCGCUGGCCUGCCCGAGGGGCUUUGGGGCGCUGCCGCGGCACUGCCUGGCGCAGCGGCCGCACCGUUGGCGCUGCCCGCUCCAAUCAUCGCGCAGCCUGUGCCCGUGACCGUGGAGACCACUUCGAUCGGGCCGCAUGGUAGGAUCGUCGCUCCCAAUGGGCAUGAGAUGAUGACGGGUGGCAUCGGAGUGCACGUCCCCGCUGGCGGUGGAGCUGUUCUGGUACGUCAGAUUCGCUCCGACCAGAUAGACGAGCACAAGGGACUGGAGGCAGCGGGCGAGGCCCGCAUCCUCUCGGUGGUCUCGGUCAACGGACUUCGCGCUCGUCGCCCUUGGCGCGAGGUAGUGGCAGCUCUCACCGAGGUCCCCUUCCCCGACUGGGCCACCGAGGGCCCGCGAACAGCGCUCUGGUGUUGCCGUUGGAUUGAUAGGCGCGGCGGUAG